AUGAGUGAACAAGAAAAUGAUAAUAGUCCUUCAUCAGGGGCCACGAGCAAACUUCCGUCUGAAAAAGAAAAAACGGUUGAAAAACAACAGGAUGACGGACGCGCCGACCACCGAACCGCAACGCCUACCAAGUUAGCUCACGGUAACAAAGAUGAGAUCAAACAACAAGCAAAGAGGCAACUGUUUGUUGAUGAUGCAGUUGGUGAUGAUGCCGUUGACAAAGUAACUGAAGGAGUCAGUGCCUUGCAGGUUAGUGAUGCAGUGAGUGAUGACAGUGAUGACUUGCCAGAUCUCAAGGAAAGGAUGCUUGUCUCAGUGACAAACUCCGACAAGUACCCAACGACGUGUAAAUUUUACCGUAAAGGUAAAAAAGGUGAAAGGGUUAAUCUUGUUGCGAUCUACAAGGAUCUUCCUCUUUUUGUUAUGAAAGUGAAAGUUGAAAGCAGCGCGCGACAAGAGUUGGAAAAGGUGUUUGAAAACGCGAAGGCAAACACGGAAACCCAACAGUAUGAAAUAACACUCAAUGAAUCAGAGCUUGGUCGGCAUAGUAAAGAAAUACUUGACAAAAAAGAAGUAAGAGACCAGCCACGAAAGCGUUCUGAAGGAGGAAGAAGAGGAAGAAUAGGACGAAGAGAAGACCCAACUGACCCGCAAUUCGAAGCAUAUUCGCUGCAGAAGGAACCCGAGGAUCCAAUAGAACAGAAUUAUUAUUUUCUCUCCUGUGAAUACAUGAUGAAGAUCUAUUUACCCGGUAAAUCAAUAUCUUGGUUUGAUUAUGAUGAACGUUCCAUGCUUAUAGCAAAUAUCAAGAAGGAGAAGGAAGACAAGAGAUGGAUCUUCAUACCUUCAUUUCGCCGGGCAAAGAUAGCACUGCUUGACUGGCCAAAAGAAGAUAGCAACAUAACCAAAGAAAACACCAUCAGGAUACUGGUUGUAAGACCCUCCCAAUUUGAUGAAUACGUUCGGUAUUGUGGCCACCAAGUACCUGUGAUUUGCUUGCCGCAUGAUGAAAUUGGAGCUGGUUAUCCACGCUUUUGGAUACAGAAAAUUGCUACUUGGUUAAAGUUGUCUUUUAUUUGGAUGUUAGAUGACAGCAUCAUGUGGUUUUGUAAAUUUUAUCCAGGAAAGAAACUGGGAAAGGUAGGGCCAAAGAUGAAAUUUGGAUCUGUUUUUAAACAGAUUGAAGAUUUAGUAAGGAAGUUAGAGGGUAAGCCGGUGGUUGCCAUGAGCCCAAGACGGUUUAAUGGUCAGACUGUGCAGGUGGUGAAGAAACUAUUUGUUUGUAAGGCUCCACAGUGUGCUGUGUACCUUAACAUUGAUAAAUUGUCAUCAGAAAGCGUUUACUAUCGACCGGAACUCCCCCAAUUUGAAGACAUAAUGUUUGCUUAUGAAUGUGAGAAAAAGGGAUUGAAGGUUUUUAUGGAUAACCGCAUACAUUUAUUUGACUGCACGUGGAAAAAUUCUGGAGCCAGCAGUCCAUCUGUAAAACCAUGUGUUAGUAGUGUUCAGAAGGGAGAUACACAAGUCAAACCUGAGGGGCCGAGGGGGCCACAGAAACUGUCUGUAUUAAGCCAGUUGAGUUUAGAGAAAAUGUAA